AAAAAAGAAAGAAAAAGAUUUAGCCGUCCGAUUCCAAUUCCGACUUGGGUGUACGUUGGAGGAGAUUUGGGUGAAGUUAUAAAAUCCAGAAAGUAUCGGUAGGAGGAAAAAUUGGGGGCAGUAUGUCGAAUUCUCGAGGUGGUGGUGUACGUAGGGCUAUUCAAGGCCCAGAGUUUGACCCUUCGUCUGAUGAGUCACAGUAUCCUGUGCCAGCGCAUGUACCAACAGAGGCACCUAGUCAGAAUUUCUUUCGGCAGUUUAUGGCCGCGAUGAUGCCUCAACAGAGGAGUUUCAUUGAUGCUGUGAUGCGGCAUAACCCACCAACAUAUUCUGGUUCAGUGGAGCCAGGAGUCCUUGAGUUUUGGGUUGAAAAGAUGGAAAAGAUAUUUCGUGUUGUUCAGGUUCCGCCAGAUCAACGAGUUAAUAUUGGAGCCUAUUUCUUGGAAGGCCGAGCAAAUCGGUGGUGGUUAGGUGAAGAAGCUGCAGGUGUAGACCAAGUGGAUAUGACUUGGGAUGAAUUUAAAGCAAAGUUAAAGGCUAGGUUUAUACCGUCGCAUAUUCGAAAAGCGAAGAAGCAAGAAUUGCUGGACUUAAAGCAGGGCUCGAUGUCAGUUGAGGAUUAUUUUGUGAAGUUUAAUGAGUUGGAGAUGUAUGUUCCUGACUACUUUUCCUGUGAGCGAGACAGAAUUGACCAUUUUGUAGACGGGUUGCAACACAGAAUUCAAGAGGCUUUAGCGGUGUUGGAUAUCAGUUCAUUGUAUGAGGCUUACGAGCGUGCUGUCCGAUUUUAUCAGAAGCAGGAAGUCAGACAAAAGGAGAGUGAGAAGGAAAUAGGGUAA